ACCAUUCUUAAAAACUGUGAAUGAUAAAAAAGCAUAAUGCAUUUGAAGACGGGAUUCAUAUUUCUCAUCAUUUGCCUUGCUCUCCAGGUUCAAGCGAACAAAGAAACUCCAGAUAAAAUAAAUCGUGAUGAAGCCAAACUUGCUGCAGAUGCUGCAGGGUCUGAAAAGUCAGAAAGAACUACAAAGAGGUCUAGAGUAUCGACCAUCCGGAGGAUAUUUGAUAUGGCCAAACACCGAACAAAAAGAUCUUCUUUUUUCCCAACUGGAGUGAAAGUUUGCCCUCAGGAGUCGGUGAAGCAGAUUUUGGCAAGCCAUCAAGCUUAUUAUAGGCUAAGAGUUUGCCAAGAAGCUGUAUGGGAAGCUUUUAGAAUUUUUCUGGAUCGUAUUCCUGAUGCAACAGAAUAUCAGAAUUGGGUCACUGCCUGCCAGCGGGAAACAUUCUGCAUAUUUGACAUUGGGAAAAAUUUCAGUAAUUCUCAAGAGCAUCUAGAGAUAAUUCAACGGCGAGUAAAACAUAGAACCUUCCAGGACAGAAAAGAAGAGAUUUCUACAGAAAAAACUGGCGGCAAAAAACCGGAGGAACCUCAAGCUCUUGCUACAGCCCCUGCAGGUACCCUGGUGAAUGAGAUUGUCAAUGACACCAAGAUUCCCAUGAAGGAGCCAAAGCCGGAGGUUCCAAACAUAGUCUCUGAACGUCCUGUGGAGCAGAUGGUGGAAUUCAGUGUCACCCUGACCAACCAGGAGUACACCCCAGAGCUCAGUGAUCCCACAUCUCCUCAGUACCAGAAACUAGCUGCAAAAUUUCAGCUUCAGAUGCAAAAGAUAUUUGAGAAACUUACAGGAUUCAAAGAAAUUCGCGUGUUAGGAUUUAGACAGAAGAAGGAGAAAGAUGGGACAAGCAGCACCGUAGCAAGGUAUGUUGUCAACUUUGAGAGAGACAAGUCUGACAUUAAGCGUCCUGAGGAUGACAUUUCAACUAUUGGCUCCAACAAAGUUGAAAAUGAGAAAGGUCCUCUUGGCAUGGAGGAGGAGAUCCCUGCAGUUAAACCCAAAGUGACAGACCUUCAGCAGAUGGUUGCUAUGGCGCUACAAGAAGACAAGUCACUCUCCAUGGACCUUGGAACACUUCAGUUUAGUGACACCAUUAGUGACGUAGACAACGAUAUCAAAUCGAUGGCAACAGACACUGCAACUGGACUUGGAUUGGAGGUUAGUGAUCAGAAGAGUGAAGAUGAGCGGAUGCAAGAUCAGAUCGCUAGCAUAGACUCACAGAUCCUGCCUGGGCAAGAUAUAAAGAUAAUGGACCAGCUGGAAUCUUCAGGGGACACCAUUUUAGCCACACUGAGCACUAUGCCAUACUUCAUUGGCUCUCCAGCUAUCCCCACAUCUCUGCCUAAAGACGACAUUUUGAGGCUGACAGACCAAAUUGUUUUGUUGCCAGCAGUGACAACUGGUGGCCCCUCAAUUGUCAUUGACCAGUCUUUUGAGGUAACAAGUUCUUCAUGGGAUGCAGCAGCAGAGGGUGGCACCCCUCCUGGAUUUGACUUGGGGGUGCAGGAUAUUGCAACCGAAUUAGGUGCUGUUGACAUGCUGAGCCCACCAACCAUGGAUGAGGAGGGAAGUGGUUACCGUGCACAGCCAGAAAUACCAGACAUGACUCCAGCUCCUCCACUGAAGUAUGUAACUACAAGCUCCAUGACAACGGCAUCCAAAGGCAAAGAGUUAGUGGUGUUCUUCAGCCUAAGGGUCACCAACAUGCUCUUUUCAGAUGACCUCUUCAACCGGAGCUCCUCAGAGUACAAAGCCCUUGAACAGCAGUUCAUGCAGCUGCUGCUACCCUAUCUGCAGUCCAAUCUUACAGGAUUUAAACAACUGGAAAUACUCAGCUUCCGCAAUGGAAGUGUGAUUGUCAACAGCAAAAUGAAGUUUGCCAAGUCGGUACCAUACAACAUCACAGAGGCUGUCCACUGUGUGCUGGAGGACUUUUGUGAUGCAGCAGCUCAGCGUCUUAACCUUGAAAUUGACAGCUAUUCUCUUGACAUUGAACCAGCUGAUCAAGCAGAUCCUUGCAAGUUCAUGGCAUGUGACGAGUAUUCACAGUGCAUAACGAACGACUGGACAAAAGAGGCGGAUUGUCUUUGUAAACCUGGUUAUGUAAGAAAAGAUGGGCAGCCGUGCCAGAGUCUGUGCGAGAUUGAGCCACACCUCUGUGUAAAUGGUGACAAGUGUGAACUAGUUCCUGGAAGAGGGGCUGUCUGUAGAUGCCCAGUACCUAGAAACAGAGGAGAGCGUUGUUCAAAAUACGCUCCAGCACGUACCCGAUCCAAUAUCUCCAAAGCUGUGAUGCUUGGCUUUUUAUGUCUAAUUUUUCUUCUCAUCACUUUAAUAAUUGCAUUACGAAGGAAAUGCAAAAACAAGACUAAUGUGGAAGGCCCUCCUCUCAGCCCAUACAGUGCAGAGGCUGCUGUAAGAAUUAAUCCUGCUUUUGAUCAUGACGAACCCAGUAGUCUUUGCCGUGGGCCAUGUAGCGUAAGUGCUUGUAUCAAUUCUUCAGAGAGCAGUGAUCAAGGAACAUUACAAAGUCACGAGCACAGAACAGAGUAUGGAGGCCACCAGACGGAAAACAGAAACUGACAAGUUAGUGUCUGAAGACCCAGAUGCCAGGCCACAAACCAGAGGAUAUAAAGGCUACUUUACUGUGGAAGGAGCUACAUUGUUAUUUCACACUCCUGGAUGAAGCAAGCAAUGCGCAGGUCUAGAAGAAGCAAGACACAUGGCCAUUACUUCCUUCAGCAAUAUUAGGAUAAUUUAAAUAUUAAGGCUUGAUCCGAUAGUUGCAUCCCAAGUUCUUCGCUAUUCAACGGGGCAACGGUUGGCUGUUGCUAAAUAUUCUCAUAUAGGGUAUAUGUGUGUGAAAUUCUCCAGUAGAUGAGAAAGGACCUGGCAAAAGACGAUGAGUUUCAGUACAUAAACAUUUUCUCCAGUAGAAGCCUGAAGUGUGGGAUCAAAAACAUCAGAAAUGUAACUCUUUUCUGAACAGUUUUGAAUUAAAGGUUGUUAAAAUUUGUUCAAGCAGCUUUUUUUUCUAUAGGUUUUAGCAAGAGAACUUCUGGUAGUAUUCAAGUUCAUUCGCCAGUGAAGUCUUUGAGGGAGGGAGGACAUGACGAUAAAAAAGAUUUCAGAAGGCUACCAGUAUUUUUUCCAUUAAGGCAAAGAACACCAACUGAAGUUUAUUUUUUGCUAAAAAGACAAUAAAGAUGGCUGCACCUAUUUUCCUCAGAACUGUUAAAUUUCACUGUUAUCCACAUUAUCCUACAUGCCGUGCUGUGUAUUUAAUAACUGUACAGUGUUUAUAUGAUAAUUAUUUUUGUUAUUCUUAAGCUUAGAUGUGGACGCAGAAGUCUGUGCUGGAAGUGUUAAGAACUGUGAUGUUCUAUCCUCAAAUAAUUUUUUAAAAUGGACAGCAAAAUGGCUGACUCAUAUAAAACUUACUGUGACAAGAGUCAGUGAUGUUUUAGUAAUUUUAAAAUAUCAUGACUGGAGAAUCAUAAUGGAAUACUGGCAAUUUACUCAAGGCUUGCAAUAGGAUUUUGACCAUGCUUAGUGCUACAGCUGGUUAUCAGGUUUCCCUCCCUAGCAUCUACCACCAAUGGUACAGAUUUCAAAUAAAGAAACAUACUCCAAAUCUUUGUGAGCACUUUUAUCUGAGAGAAGUGAAUGCAGUUCUCCUUGAAGUAUUCUUUUUUAGAGUCCGCUGGUAAAUUUUAGGGUAAAUUUUAGG